CUUAACUUUUUACACUAACAUUAUUAAUCAGAACGGACCGAUACCGUCUUAUUACCGCCUACUAAAACAAGCAGGUAACAGGACUUGUUAAAAUAUAAAAACCGAUGGAACUUUAGUGCUUAUUUAGCUUUAAGUGUGUUACUCGACGUUUAUAUUUGAUUGAAGAAAAAGCAAGGCUCUAGUUAAUCUAAAAGCUAAACCAUCCUUUACAUAGUAUCUUUUCUUUCCCCGCAAAGACGUUGGUGUAUGUUACACUGUCGCAUUGCGGCGUAAGACAAGGCUACAGGACACGAAACCAUGGGUCGUCUCCACCCAAGUACUAAAUAUUGUUAUGAGUGGAGGGAUAUCUGUUGUCAGAGGCGGAGAGGAACAAUAGCCGAGCAGAAAUCCCCGGACGGAGGCGGAUGGAUUCCGAAUUCGACAUCCGAGGCUUGGCGGAGAUUCAGAUGGGCGCCUUCACGACUAGCUGGCUAUCUGGGGCUGGCAAAUACCGUAUCCUAUUCAGAUCAAAGCCAGUGUCUGCUCUUACAAAUGCCGCCUGAGAUACGGCUUGCGAUAUGGGAGUACGCGCUUGGAGACGACGACGCGUGCAUACUGAGGAAAGUAAAUAAGCUCGCGCACGUCGUGCUUCCGCGUGACCAGGGGAGACUCGAUGAGGCGGACCAGAAUAGGAGACGCGCCUACCAACCGCUCUGGAGGGAGGCCGGGGCUGAGAGACGGUUCCUGGCAGAUGAUGUAACGGCCGAGUUUAACAUGCUGACGUCCCUCCAGAGCUGCAAACGGAUGUACUGGGAGACAUUAGGUCUAUUAUACAGACGACACUUCAAGUUCGAGAGGAUGGAGGCGUUUUACCGCUUUCUCGUACUUUCGCCAACAGCGGGCCUCGAAGCCGUGCGGUCGAUUGAGCUCGACUGGUCCGGGUUUUACUACUGGGCGCGGUUCGAAGAAAAGGAGACUCUAGGGUCGCCUCUGAACCACAACGAGAGCUGGCAGGAGAUCUGCGACGCCGUCGUAGCUAUGACGGGCCUGAGACGCCUGACGAUUCGCGUGCUGGCGUUCGAACACCCUUUACUAGAGGACGAGUGGUAUUGCAUGAUAAAUAAGAUCGUAGCGCCGCUUGAGCUGCUGUCGAGUCGGGUGGAGUUUACGGUUCUUAUUCGAGAUGAGGGGCUUGGACGGAAUUUCCAGGAUCGGUUGCGUGAGGAGGGGUUUGAGAAGGUUAGAGUUGAUAGUCUUUCUGCGGCAUGAUAUACCCUUUUCGUCCUUUUCGUAAGGAAGCUUUUGGUUCAAUUAAAGGAAUGAAAAAAAUAACAAAUUCAUGAAUAUAACUUAGGAAUUAAAUGC